AAUGAUGACCGAGUGAGGGAGGGAGGGUGUGAGAAAGGCUGCAGAAGGGUAAAUGAGGUGACAGAGAGGUAUUUGUGACUCAGCUUCCCCACUGAUGAUGUCCCUUCAGGAGGAGAUCAGCAGCGAGGAUGAUGUGGUGGAGGUGGCGGUAGUGGAGAGUCCUCGAGGACAGAGGGUGGCGGGCAGAGGGCGGAGGCGAAUAUUGUACACACAGACUGUCACUGCCUGCACUGGCAAGGAGGCGGCGAGCAGCAGGUGUGAGGGAGACCCGGUGGAGAUGAUGAAUGUGGAAGGACCUCGAGGACGCAAGAUGGUGGGGAAACGGCGGAGGCGAGAUUUGGACAAACAGAUCACCAACACCUGCACCAGCAAGGAAGCGAGCAGUGAGAGUGAGGACGAUGUGCUGGAGGUGACAGAGAUGGAGGGGCCUCGAGGACGGAGGGUGGAGAGCAGUCGGCGGAGGCGAGUGUUGGACACACACAUUGUAACCACUGUCCCCGUCUACACUGGCAGGGUGAACAGAACUCUCCGACUGUACCAAGACAACGCUGCAGAGGUGGACAAGCAGAUCUGGAAGCAGUUGAAUCUGCCAGAUUCGGACGAAGACUUGGAAGAUGAUCAAGGCACGAGGAAGCGGAGGCGAGUGUCUCCUGAGCACGAUCAGACACUCCACACGUUGGACUCGGAGUCAGAAUGGGAGAACAGUCACUCUCUGUUGCUGAGCCCAGGAAGCCGGUCUCCCUCUCCCCCCAUCACACCCUCACUCACCACUCAACAGAAAGGGCGUGCAUUCAGUGCAAUCAGAGAGAUGAACCGGAGAUUACGGGACCUCGAUGAUUUCCGAGGGAUGGUGGAAGGGGAGGCGGAGGAUGUUCUGUUGCUGGAGCCUCACUCUCCUCCCCCACUGAGUCCCCGUUUGCUCAGCCUCAAGCUCCGGUGUCAAGGUCUCGUCCACAGGAUCCCCAUCCGGGUGUCAGACCCUUUCAGGAAGGCAGUACACGUGCUGGCCAACAAGCUGCAGAUGGACCCUGGCCACCUCCUGUUGCUUCAGAACGACCUGGAGGUUCCCCUCGAGCAGACCCCUGAGACCUGGAACCUCAGUGUGGCUGACAUUCUGGACUGUCAUGUUAUGUCUGAUUCUCAGACAGACACAAUCCGGCUGCAGGUCCGAGGCCGGGAGAAGGAUUCGCUGCAAACCAUCACAAUUGGGAAGGGGGAGGUGCUGCGAAGCCUGAUGACAGUGUACAAGGAGAGGACGGGUCUCCAGCGACACCGGGUCUGUUUCCUGUUCGAUGGCGCCGAGCUCUCUGAGAAUAGCACCCCCCGUGACCUUGACAUGGAACCUGACGAUGUCAUUGAUGCCCAAGUAGCUGAGUCUUGCUGCCUGUGAGGUUUUCCUCACUUCCCCCCCACCCUCUGCUGGUCCUGGAUGCUGAAGAUAGAGUUGACAUGCUCAGCGCCUUCUGCUUCCUACAGUCGAACAACUAUACCAUCUUCCUACUGUCGAACAACUACACCGUCUUCUGCUUCCUACAGUCGAACAACUACACCGUCUUCUGUAUACCCGGGUGGGGGUCAUCCUGCUUUUGUUCCUCUGGAUCUACUGCAAGAGUGAGCUUCAUCUCCGAAUCCACUGUAGACACCAGCUUCUACUCCCUCUGGAUCCAGUGCAGACGGCAAGCUCAUCUCCAUCUUGAUCCUGUGCAAGCCAAUGCUGUCUGCCCCUGGACCCCAUUCAGCCCAGGAUGAUUAUCUGAAUCCAUUCACCCAGCACACUUACCCCUGUACCCAGCCAGGAUCUGGUGCGUUCCUCAGUGCCAUGUCAAGGGCUACUCUGAAACCUGUGUAUACCACUGAUGUCUCUCCACCAUCCCCAUGGAUCCAUUGGGAUCUGGCCACAUCUUCCAGAGCAUGUAGAUCCAAUUUGAGGCCCCAGUGUGAUCUCAGCAUAAUAUUUCAUGUGGUGUCUGAUCCAGUGUUAAAAUCCAGGGCUGUUUAUUGAUUCAUUGUCUCCUCUGGGUGUAGUAUGUCACAGUGUAUCUCUGGGAACACAGUUCCCCAGUGCUUCCUUUGGAUCAGGUGAUGAUUUCCAGUGCCACGUUCCUACUGUCUCCCCGGACCCAGUGGAUGCAGCAGUUGUAUCCUCGGGUUCAUGUGUAUCUGCCAAGGGUCCUAAUGCUUUUUUGCUCUGGACUCAGUGGUGGUCCUAGUGCAGUGUUUCAGGGUCUCUGAAUCCUUUGUUAGAACAUGCCCUAUUUCCCCGAGUGUUCUGUGGAUUCAGUGAAUAUGACAGUGUCAUAAUCUUGAUACCUCCUUCUGGAUCCACUUCAGGUGCCCAUGUCUUCUCUGGAUCCAGUGUGGCUCUCAGGUGAUAUUUUGGUGGGGGGGGGGGGGGAACAAUGCCAUCUCUGAUGUUAUUCUGGAACCACUACAUUCCAUAGUUGUUUCCCUCUGGAUACAGUACCUGUAAGUGUGAUCACCCCUGGAUCUAGUGCAUCCCUCAGAAUCUGGAUCCAGUGCUGGUUUGGCUUUCUCUGCCCCCUGUGGAUCCACUGCCAGUAAGUGCUGUCUGCAUCUGGAUCCACUGUUCUUCUGAGGCCUAAUGCAGGCAGCAGCUCACCUUCCUCGAAUCGGACACAGGCCCUUUAGCCUUUCAAGCUCCUGGCAACCAUUGAUGGAUGCACUGAUAGAUUUUCACAAUAUCCGCCUCCCUCCCCACAUGCACACACAUCCACUUCCACAGUUACAACCAGCCACAUUGGGAUGUGGAAAGAAACUAUGGUUACAGAACUUACCACAUGAUUGAUUGAUAAAUAAAUAAAUUUUGCACCAAGAGAACAAAGUAGUGAGG